AUGUUGAAUCAAAGUUUAAGUACUUCCCUUGCUCUAUUGUUAGUCCUUCAAGGGUUUGCUUCGUUCCUCAAUGCCGAAAAAUCCGAAGGCCCAAACAACUCACCUCCCCCCAUAGUGGGUGUAAGUCAACAAGAUUGCGCUCAAACUUGGGCAAAUCUAGCCAUUCGAACCAAAUUUUGGUCUAUGACUUACCCUGAAAGAUACUACUGUCGCAAUGCUGGGAAUACGGCAUACGUGUGUGGAAACUGCUGGAUAAAGCAGCAACAGAAACCCGCUAACCCUGCACCACUUACGUUGGGGCCGGAGGCCUCAUCCUGCUCCAUUCUCCGCUCAUCUGAUCGUAAGGCAAUAUGGAUUCCCAAAGCUCCGUGUUUAGCUUACCAUCUUGAAGAGUCAUCAGGUCGUAUGAGUUGCCUUAGUCAAGCAUUCUCAGUCCUUCAAUGUCACGCAGGUCGCCCGGACCCCUCUUAUAUUGGUACUGUCUGUGACCAAUGCACGCCGUAUCAAGCCAAAUCCGGGGACCGCGGUACUAUCUUUGAGGAUGGAUCCGACUUUCCAUGA